AGAAUUGCUUGCUGUGAACGUUUGCCCAUGAGUAGUUCUUCUGGUGUCCGAUAUCACGGUUCUCGUUUAUGACAAGCGCUCUUACACGCACCUCUGGCCGGGUUACGCGGCGGCGGGAUCCCACCACAGCGCACUUGACGUCCUCGACGUCCUCAAACCACAGACCUGGAGUUCGGGACAUAUAUGUAGCGGCACUCCGAUGUUGCCUUGUUCCUGCCCUCGAUUCCGGCAUAGAUAAGCAGCAGCCUUCUAGAACGUCUGGAGAUAACCAGCGAGGUGCCUUCCCGCCAUCCUAUGGUGGGGGGGAGAGGUCUUUUGCUGACGAGGCUCGGAGGGCGGCUGAGAAGCUUGGGUUACAUGUGAACGUAGGAGAAUAUGGAGAGGCCAGCGUGAAUGAAGGAGGCACGGUCCGCCUAGCUGCAGGCACGUUGAAGUCAUUCAGAAAAUUGCUCGCUGCUCGAGUUGAGAUUUUCAGAGGUGCCAUGAAAGACCCGCGAACAGGAACCUUUGCGAGAGCGGGUGGCAGAUUCUUACGAGAAAGAUUAGUGGAAAAUUUCAAUCCCGCGCUUUUGUCCGAUGUCAAGGAUCUGAUAUUAUGCAUUGGGGCUUACAUUGACAAAGAACUGCCUAAGGAGCUCUCGCCAGAGGAUCACGACAAGUACCUCUUUCUUACCGCCGAACUCUUUAUGGCAGUUAUUCGCGAGGCGAUCCAGAAAGCGGAACCCCGAAGCACUGUGCUUUCCAACCCUGUGCUUAAAGAACAAGAUCAACUCAAAGUGGUGCUGAGAUCCUUUCUAAGGAUCGUUCCGAUAACAGGCGACAGUAUUAUGUCAAGCCUGUCCGAAUGGGUGAGGGUGGUUUUUGAACUCAAAAAGGACGAGCAUUAUCAAUGCGUGGCAGAGGUUCGCAAAACAUGCACCGAGAAGUCGACCUUUGCAGAGCUGAAAGCCUAUCUGGAUGCGAUCGUGAAAGAUGAUUGUCCAGGGGCUCGAGUGUCAGAUUUUCAAUCGCGACAGGCGUAUGAAGCAUGGAAGCAGCGGGAAACACAGCUCUUGCAGGUCCUUAUGCAGACCUUCUACCAGAGGUUCCCUAAUACCAUCAAAAACAGAGCAUCUAGUACAUUAGACGCUACUGCAUUCCUGCCUGCAGACCCACGCUUAUACUACCGGACGCUUCUUGAAAUCUGCGUUAAACACGAUCUGCAAAGUCCAGCCAGGCAAGACAACGCAAUAUCCUUAUCCAAGCUAUCUAUUGCCGUUCUCUCCGAGUGCUCUCUUCGAUGGCGGCUCUCGAAAGAAUUUAAAGAUAUUGCAAUUUUGGAUGUACUGGUCACGUACUAUCGGUUGGGAUUGUUGAUUGAGGAUGAUCUGUUUCCGCGGUUCAAUCAGAUCUCAAAGAUGUCUACUGGUGUCAAUAUGUGGCGAGUAGCGGAUCGCCACUACUACAUCUCCGUUUUGGAGUCUUUAAAUGCAGCGUUACAUGAUAAGCUACGUCAGUUCGCGAGCAUGCUUGGAUGGAAAGAAAAGACCCCGGAUGGAUGCAAUAGUACGAUGCAACUGAUAGGCCUGAUUUUAGCGACGUUGAGAGAUGAUAAAGCAUGGCAAAGCGAACAUCCAGAAUGGACAGAGCCAGGAAAGCUAGAAGAGUUGGUCCGCGAAGAACUAUUGGAAGCGAUAAACGCACGCUACAGAGCCUGUAGCGCCCUAGUGUCGGGGCUUUCCCGCGAGAUCAUCCGCUUGACGACAUCUGUAAAAGCUGUCAAUAGCGACAUCACAAACUAUCGUCUGUAUUUCCGCGAACCCAUUUUCGGCAUGUCCGUCAUGUUGAUUGCGGCAGAGACUUGCUUGAAGUACUUCAUCUUGGAAAUGGAAAACAUGAGGUUUUCUCUUCAAGGUGACUUUCAGAUUGCCGAGAUGCUGGAACUAUAUCAGGUGGUAAAGCUGCUAAGGGACAUGUGUGAGGAGUCAGAAUUGCCCAUUGUCAAGAAUUUUGACGUUGAAUCCUGGUUCGCGCCCUUUAUUAGUCAAUGGCUGACGCUGACAGAUCAGAAAUGGUUGGAAUGGGUGAAGUCUGCCGUGGACGUUGAGAAGUAUGAGCCGUAUAUGCCACCAGUCUCCAUGCACUCAACGUCAGUGAUGGACAUAUUUACUUGUUUCUACGGCGGAUUGGAGUUUAUUGAAAAGCUAGCCUGGCGAGAAUCAGUCAAAAAGGAUCGGUUGGUGAAAGACUUUAUCAAGAUGAUGAGUAAGUCAUUGCAAGAGUAUGCUCAGAUGAUGUGGGACGAGUUUGAGCAGAUUGAUAAUGACAACGCGGACAAGCCUCUGGUCUUUUCAUCCCAGUCCUGCAUCAAAAUCAACAACCUCGUCGCGGCCCACAUGAAACUCAACGACAUCCUUUCCAAGCUCGUCGCGUCUAACGGCGGUCGGCGUAAAAUAGAUAUGUCCGCGCCACGAACGGAGCCAGAGAAGGAAAAGUCGACGAUUUCGAUCAAAGUCAUUCGAGCGGCUAACUUACAGGCGUGUGACUGGACCACCUCAGAUCCGUACGUAGUCCUUUCUCAUGCAGGCAGCGAGCUCCACAGAACACGAGUUAUCGAUAAGAACUUGAACCCUGCAUGGAAUCAAACCUUCCAACUUUACGUCCCACAGUCCCUGAGGGAUAAUGAGAGUUUCCUUGAUCUUCUCGUGUAUGACAAGGACAUAAUAGGGAAGGAUGAUUUGUGUGGGGAGGCGAGCAUCUUCCUUCGUGACAGCAAAUUUGAGGAUUUCCUGAGUCAUGAUGUGGAAUUAAAUUUGAAGCCGCAGGGCAAGCUUUUUAUCAGGGUGAUGAGGAAGGGAGAGAUUGACGAUGUGGAAUUUUGGGUACGGAAAGCAGAGGAAAGUGUCAGGUUCUGCUUGGAGGAUAUGGUACGGGUUUACGCGGAACAGAUAACGCGAGUCGCACGAUCUACUUUCAGUCACGUCCUUUCGUCUGGCACUACGAAGUCCUUAUGGGGCAUUCCGUUAUCACUUGGCUCGAACAGCGCAUCCGUGACUCCGACAUUGGAAAGUGUUCAAGCAGCGAUUAGGCCAUUUUUAGAGUAUCUCGACCAAAACCUUGGCCUUUUCAAUGAAACACUAGACCGGCACCUAAAUGAAUAUCUAAUCGAAUUCGCACCAGCGCUAGCACCGCCAAAGAAGAUAGUACAUGAACAGAUCAUGAAGAGAACGCAGACUAGAGCCGGGAAGAGAGGGCAAGAGGUGAAGACAAUGAGUAGGAAGGAAGCAAGUAAACCAUCCUCAACUGAGAAGGGUGGAGGGGGACCUGUAGGAUCAGAAGCUGUGGAAGAGGAGCUCAAUCGUCCCAGUGCAGUCAUUAAACUCUUAUGGUAUGAACUGUUACAUCUGAUAGAGGACACGCUAUCCACCUUUGGUGCCGAUGACAAGAACAAAGAGGAGCGAAGAAAUGCCGCAGUGGCGCUAAGGAACCGAUCAAGCUCCUUACCGGACGGACCGGUUUCUGCGGUUGUCCCACCAGGAGUCAUUAAGGGCAACAAAGUUGCAAACAAUCUCGCUGUCGGCAAACUAUCACCCACGGAGAAACGUGCCGUCAUGUGGUACGAUCUGAUUGUGGAAAUUCUGAAAGCUGUCUUUACCUGCGAGGUAGAUGGGGUGGUGUGCGGGUAUGAAGUUAGUGAGCUAGAGGAGGGGCGUUAUCAGCAAGUCAGAAAACUCUUAGAUGGCAUGGUUGCAGAAUUGCGAAGAUUGGAGAUUGAGGCAAAGUAACUUACUACAUUGGGGGCAAGCAUUGUAUGAUCAUGGUGAUAAUUGUCGUAGUGUAGGUUUUGAUGUAACUUUUUUUUAUGUGUAUGCUUUAAUUUUGUGUUUACUGUUACAAUCUAUGAAUGGAAUCAGCAAUCUUUCGG